AUGGACGCUCUUAAAGAACUGGGGUCGGGGAAAGACUCCGCUGGGACAGACAUGCUUCUGGCGCUGCUAGCACAGAACGAAGACCUGCGCAAAGAGAUCCCCUUGUGCGCCGGCUGCAACCAGCACAUCGUGGACAGAUUCAUCCUGAAGGUCCUGGACCGGCACUGGCACAGUAAGUGUCUCAAGUGCAGCGACUGUCAGACACCGCUGGCGGAGAAGUGUUUCAGCCGUGGAGACGGCGUCUAUUGCAAGGAGGACUUCUUCAAGAGAUUCGGGACCAAAUGCGCAGCGUGCCAGCAGGGCAUUCCGCCCACGCAGGUGGUUCGGAGGGCUCAAGACUUCGUCUAUCACCUACACUGUUUCUCCUGCGUGGUUUGCAAGCGGCAGCUAGCUACAGGCGACGAGUUCUAUCUAAUGGAGGACAGCCGGCUGGUCUGCAAAGCCGACUAUGAGACUGCCAAGCAGCGGGAGGCCGAAUCUACUGCCAAGCGGCCUCGAACCACUAUUACGGCGAAGCAGCUGGAGACGCUGAAAAAUGCCUACAACAACUCGCCCAAGCCUGCGCGCCAUGUCCGGGAACAGCUUUCGUCCGAGACUGGUCUCGACAUGCGGGUAGUUCAGGUUUGGUUCCAGAACCGGCGAGCGAAGGAGAAGCGACUAAAGAAGGACGCGGGCAGGCAGCGCUGGGGUCAGUACUUCCGCAACAUGAAGCGCUCCCGGGGCAACUCCAAAUCUGACAAGGACAGCAUCCAGGAGGAGGGGCCGGACAGCGAUGCUGAGGUCUCUUUCACAGAUGAGCCAUCCAUGUCAGAGAUGAGUCACUCCAAUGGGAUUUACAGCAAUUUGAAUGAGGCUUCACCAGCGAUGGGAAGGCCAGUGGGCACCAAUGGUAGCUUCCCAAUGGAGCACAGUGGCCUUCCUGCUCAGGACCAGUAUCAUGACCUUCGCUCCAGUAGCCCUUAUGGCAUCCCCCAGUCUCCAGCUUCCUUGCAGACCCUGCCUGGUCACCAGCCAUUAAUUUCCAGCUUGGUUUACCCUGAUCCUGGCCUGGGCAUUGUGGCUCCAGGUGGACCUGGUGUGCCCCAACCCAUGCGGGUGAUGGGGGGAAAUGGACCCAGUUCUGACUUGUCAACAGGGAGCAGUGGGGGCUACCCUGACUUCCCAGCAAGCCCUGCCUCAUGGUUGGACGAGGUUGACCAUGCCCAGUUUUGA